ACGGGAAAGUACAUGUGGCUAUUUUUAGAAAUGAAUUAAGAUAACCAAUGAGAGGUAUAACUAUUUUUAGUAAUGAUUGAGACCUAUGUAAACAACUAAGGCUGUUUAGAAAUUAUUUUGGACAACAUUCUUCAGCCGAAAAGGGAUAUAUUCUAGAGGUAUUUCAGGAACAGUACACUUGGUGUCGCAAUGUUUUUAGGAAGCAAGUUUGUGUAUGUAAGCUCUGGGGAUGAGGAGGAAGAUAUUGUCACUGGUAAUGUGUCGUCCGAGGAGGAUGAUGACCAAAAUGAUGAUGGGGAGACAUGUUUACUGGACAUUCUAGAUACAGCCGGGCAGGAAGAGUAUUCUGCAAUACGAGAACAGUACACCCGCACUGGAAACUGCUUCGUUAUAAUAUAUAGUGUGACUGAUAAGAACUCAUUCACAGAGGCAGAGUCGCUCUUUGAAUUCUUGAAGAGAGUGAAAGAUGUGAAAGAGGGAGAAAAACUGCCAACAGUGCUGGUUGGUAACAAAACUGAUCUGUCAGCUGACAGGCAGGUAACAACUGAUGAGGGUAAUGCACUGGCUACAAAACUGGGGGUACCAUUUGUGGAAACAUCCGCAAAAACUGGAGAAAAUGUGCAGAAGUUGUUUGAGACAUUAAUACGUCAUACGCCUAGAACUAGCAUGGAAUAUAAGGUUGUGAUCUUGGGGUCAGGUGGUGUUGGUAAAUCUUCUGUCACUGUACGCUAUGUCAGCAACACAUUUGUUGAUUCCUAUGACCCAACCAUUGAGGACUCUUACAGAAAACAUGUCAUUGUGAAAGGAAUUCCAGAUGAAAUGAAAAAUGUGCCAAAACAAAAGAAAAAGAAAGCAGGACUUUUUGGUGCAAAACCAAAAAAGACUAGAAACAGAAGAUCUCUACCCCAGGGUAAUACAUCAAACAUAGGUGACAGAAAUGAGGGUGGAGGAAUAUUGAACAGCCUGAAACGUGUAUUUAGUGGGAGAAAGAAAAAAGGUGCACCAGUUUUUCAGCAUGCUUCAGUUGACCUGAGUGAUGAUUCUGGUAGCGAUGAAGACGAUUCAGACUUAGAUAGUGGUAAAAAAAUUAGAGAAGAGAAGAAGGUACAAAAAGCAGAUGGCAAUGUUAUGUUACUGAAAAUGGAUAUUCUAGAAGAAGAGCCAAAUAUAGUAACAGGAGAUCCUACAAAUUGUAAGGGAUGUGAUGCCAUUUUAUCAUCUACGUCUGUCUUAGAGAAGGAAGAAGAGGGAGAAAAGUUCACAUGGGUCUGUGAAUUCUGCGAGCACAAAAAUACAGGACUUGACAUAACCCCAGAGGAGAUCCCUAAAGGAGACAGCUUUGACUUUGUGUUGACCCCAGCUAGACAGGAAACAGAGGAGGGGGAGGCAGAGGGCGCUACCAAAGGGGAGACAACUCCUGAAAAGAAAGAAGAAAGCAAAGGAAUGGUUGUUUACUGCAUGGACAUAAGUGGUUCUAUGUCUUGUACUGUGAGGCUCCCUGAAUUACAAGCUCAGUGGAGGAAUGCCAGAGAUAGAACCUCCCACAGUGACAAUUCAGUAUCAAGACUGAAAGCUAUAAAAGAUGCUGCCAGAAGACAGUUAGAAAGAAUGAAGAUUGAGUAUCCAAACAAACAAGUAGCUCUUGUCACUUUUGGUUCUACUGUGUAUCUUUGGGGUGAUUGUCACACAGAUUCUCCUAGAUCCUUCUCUGGAGACAUCAUGGAUGACUAUGACAGAUUGAUAGCUGCUGGCAGAGAGUAUGCUACUACAAUGGAACUCGGAGGACUGGAAAAUACUUUCACAGGCAUAGAUCAGAAGAUAGGUGAUUUAAUGACACAGGGGUCCACAGCUCUUGGUCCAGCUUUGGCAAUAUGUGCUGGAAUCAUUUCGAGCAUUCCACAAUCUGAGGUUGUCUUAUGCACUGACGGGCAGCCAAAUGUGGGCAUUGGAAGAAUAAAUAGAAGUGAAAAUGCAGGACAAUCAUUUUAUGAAAGGAUUGGAGAGUUUGCCAAGGGAAAUAACACCAGGUUAUCUAUUCUUGCUGUGGAAGGGCAAGACACUGGAUUACAACAUGUGCAACAGUGUGCUGUGGUAUCAGGGGGCACAAUCAAUGUCCUAAACCCAUUGGAAAUGAUGAGACAACUCCGUUUGAUAGCUCAGAACUACACAAUAGCUACAGCAGUUGAUGUGACAGUCAUUCUGCACCCUGAUCUUGUAUUUGAUGAACCAGGAUAUCAAGAGGUUUCCAACAGACUAGUGAAAGAAGUAGGAAAUGCUGCCAAGGAGACAGAUCUGACAUUCAGGUACAAGGCAAAAGAUUCAAAGAAAAAAAUCACCAAGAAGUCCAUACCAUUCCAGGUACACAUAUCCUACACGCUGAAGUCAGGUAUGAGAUGCCUAAGAGUUCUCAGUAAAGCCCAUGAAGUUACACAGGACAGGAAACAGAUGGAAGAGGGAAUAAAUGUUGCAGUUGUUGGCGUGGCAACCGUUCAGAAGUCAGCACUGAUGGCUUGUCAAGGAAAAACAAAAGAAGCACAAGAACACAUGCGCAAAGUGCAGAAGAUGAUGAAAAGGGGAGCUAAGAAUAGCACACAGUUAGAGGAGCAACUUGCCUUCAGAAACGAGUCUGAGGUACUUAGAACUGAACUGAAGAAAGCUAUAGUACAAGAUGACGUACGGCACAGGUCAGAUCAGAGGACGAAAGUUUUCACAACAAACAUGCAAAUGUCUAGUAAUCUUUACCACGGAUCUUCAGCACCACAGAAGAUGAAAAUGAUGAAGGCACGAAAAACUGAUGACAGAUUGGUAACUCAAUAUCAUCAGUACAAAAGCUAAAUGUGCACAGCAUCUGAUGAUGUUGAUAAUUUUACAUGACUGUAUAUAUUUGUAUAUUAUUUUUUAGUUUAAACCUUGUACAGUGGUGUUUUUACACAUGCAUAUAUAUAUUUGUUUCUCACCUUCUGAGAUAAUCUUACCUCAUAUUGCUUGUCUCACACUGGUUACAGACUACUGUAUUAAAGAAAACUGUCUGCUUGGUGGUUGUACAAGUUUUGUCAUAAAAAAAUACAUGAAAGUCUCGGUAAACCCAACAGUGAGAAAAUGAAUCUGUCACAUCCAUUAAGCUGUGAACAAGGAGAAAUCCCACAACACUGCUGGACCUCAUUUUGGAUGAUUCACUUUAUCUACAGAUAUAGGACGAUAAGUGGACAUUAUAAUAUGAACAUAACAAAACAGUAUUGUAACCAGAUAAAAUGUUGGACAAACUAAACCAUUCUUAUUUGGAAAUUUUAUUACAAAUGGUCAAUCAGACUUAAUAUUUGAAAAUUGCAUUUCAUGAAGAGUAAGUUAGAUCUUCGUUAGAACUGUUAAUCACUCAUCAAAUUAUCAUUGUUUAUAUAAACAUUUGUAUUUUUAAACAUUGUUUAUUGUUGUUAAUCUUGUAUUGUUGUGUAGAUAUGUAUAUAAAUUGUUCACAACCUUUUAAUAGAUGCCAUUUUAUUUUCUUUCAAAUAUAUGAGUUGUAAAAAUUUUGAAAUUUCAUAUCAGUUUUGUAAUUGUUGUUACAGUGUUGUUAAAGUUUGACUUAAUACACAAAGAAGAGUAGCAAAUGUUUCGGAUGGUAUCCAUAACAUGUCACGACAUCAUAUUUAUACUUUUGAGAAACAGAAGCAAUUAUUAAAUUUAUUUAAUUUA